AUGCUUCCAUCACAUCUUGGGACUGGAUCAAAUGAAAUAAUUAAAACAUUAGACACUAUUAGAAAUAGUGGUUCUAUUGAAUGGGUAGUUUAUCAUGUUAAUUUUAAGAAUGGAGAUUUAAUAGAAGACGAUACAGGAACAACAGUUGGAGAUAUGGUUUAUACAAUGGACAACGCACAAGUACAAUUUGGAUAUUUAAGAUAUGAAAUGGACCAAACAAAGAAAUUUUUAUGUGUUUGUUGGUGUGGACAAGCAGCACCAGAUAAUUUAAAAACAAAAUUUGUUUAUUACUCAAGAGACUGGGAAGAUUUCUUAAAAUCUAAUAAUCACUCUAUUUCUGUCACAAUCUCUGCUAGAAAAGAAGAAGACUUAGACGAAUCUACUAUCGUCGAUAAAUUAAAUAAAUCUACUAACUCAUUUGUUAGAGCUCGUAAACAAGGAGAAGCUAAAGAAGACUUAAACGCUAAAAAAAAUAUCUUUUGGCAACAACAAAAAACUAAAGACCAACAAUAUAAUGAUGAAAUGAAUGCUAAACAAAAAUUAAGAGAAAAAGAAUACGCAGAGUCUAAAAGAAUUGAAUCAGAAAAAUUAACAGCAGCAGCUGAAGCCCGUAAUGCUGCAAUGAACGCUGCUAAAGAACAAAAGGUUAAUGCUUUUAAACAACAACAAUUAGAAAAAGAUGAAGCUGAAAAGGCUCGUUGGAAAGAACAAGAACAAAAACAUAGACAGUUUGUUGCUUCCCAUCAACAAGAAUCUGAAAAACCAGUUGCCCAACAACAAGUCAAAGGUAAUGUUUCGGCUUUCGCUAGUAAAUUCACUCAAUAUGCUCAAAAAGAUCAAGAAGAAGUUCCUAAAGUUCAACCUACUGGUAAAAAAUGGACUCCUAAAGUAGCUCCUGCACCUGAAGUUCCACAACCUACUUAUCAAAGACCUACUGCUCCUAAACCUACUUAUAGACCUCCUCAACAAACCAUCCCAGAACCUGUACAAGAACAACAACAAUAUCAAGAAGAACAACAACAAUAUCAAGAAGAACAACAACAAUAUCAAGAAGAACAACAACAAUAUCAAGAAGAACAACAACAAUAUCAAGAAGAACAACAACAAUAUCAAGAAGAACAACAACCAGAACAACAAUAUCAAGAAGAGCCUGUACAAGAGGAGUCUCAACAAUAUGAAGAAACCCCACAAGAAGAGGUUUCUUCUGUUCCACCUUUACCACCUAAACCAAGACAGCAACAAGGAGAAACUUAUAUUGCUGAAUAUGAUUAUGAUGCUACUGCUGAAGGAGAUUUAACCUUCAGAGAAGGUGACAUUUUACAAGUAAUUUCAGUUGAUGAAGAUGGAUGGGCACAAGCCAUCAAUGCUAAUGGAGAGCAAGGAACUGUCCCCCUCAAUUAUCUUAGAAAACAAUAA